AUGCCCGCCGUGAUGGAGAAGCCGGCGGCGAUCCUGUCCCGCAGCCGCGCCAGGGCGGGGGGCGCCGCGGGACCCCCCCCCUCGGAGGACGAGGCCAGCGAGGACGAGCACGGCCACGACAGCAUGAUCCGGGUGGGGGCCGACUACCAGGCGGUGAUCCCCGACUGCAAGCCAGAGAGCCCCGCCCGCUACAGCAGCAAGGAGCUGAAGGGGAUGCUGGUGUGGGCCCCCAACCACUGCGUGUCCGACGCCAAACGUGAGCCCCCCGACCCAAAAACGGGGGGGUCCUGCUGGGGAGGGGGCGUCCGGGGUGCCCCCCAGCCCCCGCGCCCCCCCCUCAUCCCCAGCCUGGUUAAAUAUUAUUAUUCCUGGAAGAAAACGCGGUCCCGCACCAGCGUCAUGGACCGCCAGGCCCGGCGCCUGCUGGGCCGCCGGGACCGCGACGACAGGUACGGGACCCCCAAAAUCCCACCUGACAACGACGAGACCGACGAGCAGCGCCCCAGCCCCGAGGGGGACGUGGAGCCCCCGGACCCCAAAAAAGAGCAGCCCUGCUACCCCAAGGCGGGGCCGCGCAAGGAGCCGCAGUACCGGCACCACCCCCCGGCGCGGCAGCGGCGCCGCCCGCCCCGCGGGAUGCGCCUGAGCCGCGAGGACGUGGCCGAGGUGACGGCCAACCCCGACCUGGGCGCGCGGGCGCUGCGCCAGCUGGACUGCCAGCUGGUGGCCCUGAAACGGCAGGUGCAGCGCAUCAAGCAGAUCAACAGCGGCCUCAGGCAGGCGCUGGACGGGGGCCUGGAGGGGCUGCGGCCGCCCGAGGGCAGCAGCAGGUUCAGCUCGCGCUGGACGACGGACGAGCAGCUGCUGGUGGUGCAGGCCCUGCGCCGCUACGGCCGCGACUUCCCGGCGGUGGCGGCCGUGCUGGGCAACAAAACGGCGGCGCAGGUUCGGAGCUUCGUGCUGGGCCCCCGGCGCCGCCUCGGCCUCGAGCGGCUCCUGCAGGAGCGCCCGGGCCAGGGGGAGCCCCCCGGGGACCGCCCCGAGCCUGACGAGGAGGAGGAGGAG